UGUCCAGAAGAAAACAUUUUAGUUGUGUAACAGUUUGCUUGUAGAUAGUGUCCGAUUUGUAGCGUUCGAUUCAGGACGCAUUUGAAACCCUCACUGGUGACUGUAAACACCGCACUGUAAACAGACGUGCGAGUGCUCUUCGGGGGAGGCUCAAGAGACUGAAAAGGAGUAAAUCUAAGCAGCAGGCGUUAUCCACAUGGCAGAGCCAAACUUCCCCCCACUGCCUGGAUUCAUUCCACUCAAGCCAUGUUUCUAUCAGGACUUUGAUGAGAUCCCUGAACAGCACCGCAGCAUGUGCAAGAAAAUGUACCACCUGUGGAUGUGCGUCUUCUGUUUUGUAAUCGGUAAACAUAAGCAGGUAUCCACACUUUGCUUUUCGAUGUGCUUUAAUUCUCUUUCCUUGUCUUACUGGCCUUUCUUGUAUUGGGAUUUGCCAUUGACCACACGUUGCAAUGUGCAUGCACGUUGCUUUUUGCACCUGAGUAAUCUUCUGUAUUGUACCUUUAGAUCAUGCUGAUAAUUAAAAACAAAAGACAUGCAAAAAGGCUAAUAAGGGAACUUCUGCAGCUAUUAACAGUCACUGUCUUCCUGUCCACUGUCCAUUUUUCAAGCUUGUUUUGCAUGUGCAUGUGUGUGCACACAGGCCAGUUGGUUGCAUUUUAUACAGCAGUUUUUGAAAUAGUUGUGUUGUGGUCCCACAGUGAAUAGUACUACACUUGCAGUGAAUCUCAUUGGCUGCUUUGCUUGGAUGAUUGGUGGAGGUGGAGUGACGAACUUUGGGUUGGCUAUCAUCUGGCUCCUCAUGUUUACUCCCUGCUCUUAUGCCUGUUGGUUCCGGCCCAUCUACAAGGCCUUCAGGAGCGACAGCUCCUUCAACUUCAUGCUGUUCUUUUUUAUGUUCAUGGCCCAAGUUGGCAUCAGCAUCAUCCAAAGCAUAGGGAUCCCUGGAUGGGGAGUAUGUGGUUGGCUGGCUACCAUCUCUUUCUUCAGCUAUAAUAUUUUGGUUGCACUCAUCAUGCUGGUCCCUUCUGUCAUGUUCACUGCUGUGGCCUUACUGUCCUUUGCUGCUCUCACAAAAAUCCAUAAUUUCUACCGUGGCAGUGGGGCCAGUGUGUCCAAAGCUCAGGAGGAAUGGACCACGGGGACAUGGAGGAACCCUCAUGUCCAGGGAGCAGCCCAGCAGGCUGCCAUGGGGGCAGCUUUCCCAGCCAUGCAAGAUCAAUACUCCAGCCCACAAUAUAAUGAAAACCAGAUGUAGCCUCUUCAAUACCUCAGGUGUCAGAGAAAGGAUAUGACAGUUAUGCCAGACUUUGAAUGGCAGGGUUAUAAAGAGCACAACAUCCCCGAAAAUAUAGUUGAUUUUUAUGUAAAAAAAAAAAAAAAAAAAAAAUUAAAAAAGUUACAGAUAAAACAGAGCUUGCAUUUUUACAUAGUUUUUUUUUUUUUUACUUUGACCAAAUGCAGACAAAGACACAGUGGGAUGUUGGUUUUUCACCUUCCUGUGUUAAAGAGCAUAGUCUUUUACAUUAUUUAUAUGCUUUUUUUCUUUUUCAUGUAUUUUCGCAUGUGAAUUACUUUAGAGGCCAUGAUGAAGAUUCAAUAGUUUAGUAUUAACACAAUUAUUUAGAAAUAUAUGGUCUGAAUGAUAAAUUACUUAGGGUGUACUGUUGUUUUAGUUUUUCUUUAACUUAAAACUCAAAGGUAAGCCAUAUAUCCAUUUCAAUUUUGUAACUUUAUUUUAAUUUUUACUAGCUUUGCUGACAUCAACACAACGUCAUGGUACUGCAGUUUAUCAGUGAAUGCACUGUGAAAUAAAAUGGUGCUGCAAUUUGUCUCAGUAAGAAAUAAUAAUGUUACAUGCUCUAAAUUUGAUUUAAAUAGAGACAGCAAAUUUAAUCUUUCUUGAAACUGUGUUUGUGAUGUGCUUCCUGUUGACAUGUUCACCUUACACUGAAAACAUCAAAUCACUUUUAAUGAAUCCAAUGUAAAUUUGAUCAAAAAGCACAUAUUUUCAUUUAUGAAUUACAUCAAUUGCAGACCUUUCUCCUGCUGUGUGAUUGUUUAACCACAGGGAGGCACUGAUGGUUUUAGAAUAAAAUAAAAGGCUCCCACAGAUUACCUUCAUUCAUCCUUCACAGAUCAUAGUCAGCAUUUAUGGCAGUCCUUUCUAGGUCCCACUUCUCUCUUUUUGUCUAUCGCUCUCUCUUACACCCCCUUCUCAGUUUUCCUCCCCAUGUCACCAAAUGACAACCAUGGUGAUCAAGGUAAUCACUAAACACCCACUCACUGCAACAAAUAUCAAGUGUUGUGUUUUGGGACAUGGAUGUGGACCUUUAGGGAACAUUGUACUCAACCAAAGCCUGGAAUAAAAGAUUUAUAGGGACA